ACCUCAGCGCAAGUACACGUGACGAGGACGUCUGUACGCGAAAGUUUAAAAUUGGAACUUCGUUAUCCUGAGCUUUACUCUUUCCUUCUCGUAUGCCACUGGUAGUUUUCGACAUUUGUUCACCGUUCGAUAUCUCCGUCUGCUCUUAAUUAAACACUCAGGAUGGUCUCUUUCGUCUGCGACUCGUGCCAGGAAACCCUGAAGAAGGCCAAGCUCGACCAACACACCUAUCGCUGCCACUAUGCGCAGUUCACUUGUAUAGACUGCUCGACUACAUUCCAGGGAACUGACUACAAGGCGCACACGAGCUGCAUCUCGGAAGCUGAGAAGUACCAGGGAGCGCUGUACAAAGGGCCUAAGAAGGGCGCAAACAAGCAACAAAACAACAACAACAAACAAGCAAAAGCUGCAUCCACCCCAACACCCACCCCCGACUCCAAAUCCAACAUCGCAAAAGCACCCGCGUCCCUCUCCCUCAUCGACCAGAUCAAAAACGCCGAGGCCGCAGCCGCUACCAGCACCGGUACCACUAUCACGACCACAGUUGUCACGGAAGAGGUGACAAAGACGGAGAAGAGGCCGAGGGAGGCUGAGGAAGGGGAGGAGAAGAAGGAGAAGAAGGAGAAGAAGAAGAGCAAGAAGGCGAAGAUUGUUGAGAAGGAGGUGGAUGUGGCAGUGAAGGUGGAUGAGGUUGUUGUCGAGGCGGGGAGUGGAGUUGAUGCUGCUGUUGACUUUGCGGGGGCGAUUAAGAAGGUGUUGAAGAAGACAUCGGAACUUUCCAUCGCUGAACUGCGGAAAAAGACGAUCAAGAGGAUCUCGAAAAAGGUGUCGGUGACUGAGGAGGAGCUGAACUCGCAGUUCGACUCGUUGAUCAAAGUGGCUCUGGAUGGAGAGUCCUUGACACUGAAGCUCUGAGAUAGGGCCCGGUCAUUUAUUGCCGUGAGCAGGCGUCAGAAUACCUAGAUGGAGGGAAAAGAACGCCCCACAAUACGUAGUGGAAUACACGUAGACACAAACGGCCCGGAGCCGAGACAUGUACAGCAGCACA